UCCGGCCACGGUCGUGAAAGGACGCAGGAUGGCUGGCUCUUCGCGAGCAGUGAUAACGGCCGAUUCUGGCCGCGGAACAUCGUUUUUGGACGGCCUGAAAGAUUACAGGAUUGUACUGCCGCCGCUGCCAACCGGAGAAGGACUGAAAACAAUGGUUGUUCUUCACUGCGACACCGCUGGAAGGCCUUACAGGAUAGAAGAUUUCCGCCAGCCGAUGAAAGAAGCCGGCGUCAUUGAACAGGUGGGCGGUAUUGGAGCGUACCAGAUGUCGCACGUCUGGUUAGUCAACUUCCGUAGUGAAGAAGCCAAGAAAAAGUUGCUCGACAUCGGGCAUAUUGUUGUUAAAGGGAAGACUUGCGUUGUCUUUGACCCUGAAAGGCAGGAAGUGCGGCUGAAGGUGCAUUGGUGUGCCUUCAACGUCAGCAACGAAACUCUGAGGCGGGCGUUCGCCGAGUACGGCGAAGUGAAAGAAGUUUCGAGCGAUAGAUGGAAGACCGGCGGGUUUGAAAACGCCGACUCGACUACUCGUGUUGUGCGGCUGGUUCUUCGAGAAGGUGUAAGCCUCGAGCGCAUACCCCAUCAGCUGUGUAUCGGGAACGGUACAGUAUUAGUCGUCGUGCCCGGGCGUGCGCCGAUAUGUCUCCGCUGCCGCAACACAGGCCACAUUAGGCGGGACUGCAAGGUGCCCAAGUGCAGCGAGUGCCACGCCUUCGGGCAUGAAGAGGCUGAAUGCACGAAGUCAUACGCCCGCGCCGCGACUCGAGGAACAUUCGGCGAUAAUAGUGAGCUGCACAUGGACGAGGAUGAAGCUGAGCAAGCUGCCUCCAACCCAGUGGUCGAGAGCCCAACGGCCGCAGCGCUGAGCGAUGAAAAGGAAGGCGCCAUGCCAGGGACUCGUGAGUCAGCGCCCAGCACCCCCAAGUCGGCAACCACGAGCAUGGAUACCAAUUCACCGCAAGAUAUUCCACGCCCUUCUGAAAAAAGCAACGAGGAACCCAUGGAGUCUGACCCUGCGGCUGCGAAACGACGCCACGACGAUGUCAGUGCAAUGAGCCAGGAGCAACGACUGCGUCUCCUAGAACGCCAGUGGGGCGUAGGCGAAGGGAAAAAGCAGCGUGUCACCAGCGGGCUACGAUCGUCGUCGCUUCCUCGCGACGACAACCCGAAGACCUAAUAAUGGAGGGACGGCACUACACGGCGCGGCGUUGUGCGCAUGAAGGUAAGCGCCGUACUGGCGGCCUGGUCUUGCUUAACGAUGGCGGCAUUUGAAAGACACCUCGUAGUAGCCACGCUUAAUGUCAGGGGUCUUUCAUCCAGGAGGAGGCAAAAUCAGCUGCUGAGACUCGUGACUGAGCAGGAAUUGGAUAUUGUAGCGAUACAAGAGACCAAAAUCGAGAGUCAAGACCAGACCGACAGAAUGGUGCUCUCGUUCAGUAGUCGGUAUGAUGUUUGCGUGUCUCAUGCCGUGGGUACCUCGGCAGGUUGCAUGCUGUUGAUUCGCCAGUCUCUGGGAGCGAUUGUGGAAAGAGUUGUGACUUGCGUUUUCGGUCGAUGGAUUGUCUGUGACAUCACACUUGCUGGUUUGGAAUUGCGUAUUAUCUGUAUCUACGCACACACUAACACGGAAGAGAGGCGAAACCUUUUUGAGAUAGUCGGCAACCAUUGUGACACAGACCGUCUGCUUGUCUUACUUGGCGAUUUCAACUGCGUAAGCAUGGCACGAGACAAAACCAGUGCGACGCCCUACCGAGAUGCGAGUACUGCCUGUUUAAGUGACAUAAUUGAUCGCUGUCAUCUAGAGGAUGUUGGUGAUUGUCUCGGAUGUGGCUCUGGCGUUCGGUUUACCCAUUUCCAAGGAACGAGUCACGCGCGUCUGGAUCGGGCGUACGUAUCUGUUGAACUGAUACCGUACUGCGGCGAAUACAGCGUACAACCAGUGCCGUUCAGUGACCAUUGUCUUGUUGUCUUCCAUGUAGGUAAAAGAAAAGGAACGAAAAGCAAAUUUGUGUGGGAAAACUGGAAACUUAAUGAGAAGCUUCUAAACGAUGAUAUCUUCGUGGAUCGCGUUACGUCGGCGAUACACGAACUGCCAAUGGCGGACAACGAACUUCUGGGAGCGAAGUGGGAAAGAUUUAAGCAGGCAAUGAAAAUGAUGGCAAUUGAACGAUCGUGCGCUAUAAAGCAAAAGCAAAGGCUGCAGGAAAACACGCUGAGAGAUGACCUAAAGUUUUUGAUAAUGCAAGAAGGAAAGCAGCCAGGCACUUGCACCGAAGAAAUGCGCACCGUCAAGCAGAAACUAGAGGCAAUAGAUACGGAGCGAUAUCGAGGAGCGAUCGUGAGG